CAUCAAAGUGAUACCACAAAGAUAAUCACAUAGAGUUUUCUAUAGUUGUCAUCUCCAUUCCAAUUCUAGCAAAGAUAGGGACCAAAACUUUAAUUUUGUCUAUAUUUACAUAUGUAGAUUUGUAUUUCUCUCGUCGUGUAUUUUACCAUAUCAGGUCAUCUACUCAAAUACUUUGAAAAGAUAGAGUCGACCCAAAACUAAAGUUGGCAAAUUGCUACAGGAAGUGUUAGGAUCUCAACAAUCUAACAAGACUAGAGAGAAGACUGCGAGUGCGAAGAUGUUAUGGGGGGAUCCAACAUUGCCUCUAAAUAUUUGAAAUCAAGUCGAAAGGCACUCUCCCUUCUAGACCAACCAUGUCUUACAAGCUCCUACAUAAACCAAAUUCACGCCCACCUUAUCUGCUCAGGUUCCAUCUCCGACCCAUUCGCCGCCGGAAAACUUUUGUUCUCAUGCAUAACAUCGACCCACGCCGAUCUCCAACAUGCAUACACCGUAUUUCAAUCAAUACCUCAUCGAUCCACUUACAUAUGGAACACCAUGAUCAGAGCAUUUACCGAGCAGGGUAAAUCUCAACAUGCUAUAUCCUUGUUUAAGCGUAUGUUUGGUUGCGGGUUUUCACCCACUAAUCACACAUUUUCUUUCGUUCUUAGAGCUUGUGCUGAUCUUUCUGAACUUCAAUUAGGAUUGGUCUGUCAUGGCCAAGCAAUUAAAUUAGGGUGGGAAAGUUACGAUUUUGUUCAAAACGGGUUGAUUCAUUUAUACGCUGUGUGUAAUCAUUUAGACUAUUGUCGUAGACUGUUCGAUAGUAGCUCGGAUAGGGAUAUUAUCACAUGGACUGCAGUGAUCAAUGGGUAUGCCAAAUCAAGCCAAACAGAAGUUGCAAGACAACUGUUCGAUGAAAUGCCUAUGAAGAAUAACGUGUCUUGGAGUGUCAUGAUCAAUGGGUAUGUUCAAGUUGGGUUAUUUAAAGAAGCUCUUGAUCUAUUCAAUGACAUGUUGCAUUCUGGGUUCCACCCUAAUCGCUCAAGUAUCGUGCUUGCACUCUCUGCAUGUGGUUUUCUUGGUGCAUUAGAUCAAGGUAGAUGGAUUCAUACAUAUGUUAACAAAAAGAAGAUGAAUUUGGAUGUAAUCUUGGGUACAUCCCUUAUAGACAUGUACGCUAAAUGUGGUUGCAUUGAAUUAGCUUAUAUUGUAUUCGAAAACAUGACAUAUAGAGAUGUGUUUGCUUUUACUUCAUUGAUUUCUGGUCUAGCUAACAAUGGAGAAAGCAAAAAAGCAAUAGCAUUGCUCACAAGGAUGAACACAGAAGGGGUUAAACCAAAUGAGAUCACAUUCAUCUGUGUUCUAAAUGCAUGUAGUCGAAUGGGAUUAGUAAAAGAAGGUUUAAGAGUUUUUGAAAUGAUGAGUGAAGUUUAUGGGAUUGAGCCUAGUGUGAAGCAUUACGGGUGUUUGGUUGAUCUUCUCGGUGGAGCUGGGAUGCUAGAAGAGGCUAAAAGUGUUGUGACUAAAAUGCCCAUGGAGCCUGAUUCUUAUGUGUUGGGUGCAUUACUGAAUGCAUGUAGGGUUCAUGGGAAUGUGGAAUUGGGUAAGGAAAUGGUGGAGGGUUUGGUGGAAAGGGGUCUUGAUUUUAGUGGAGUUCAUGUUCUUCUUUCGAAUAUUUAUGCAUCUGUUGAUGAAUGGGGGUAUGUGGAAAGUGUAAGGAAGAAGAUGGAAGAUGAGAAGGUGAAAAAGGAGGUUGGGUGUAGUUUGAUUGAAGUGGAGGGUGUGGUGUGUGAAUUUGUUGCAGGAAAUAAAGUGGUUGUGGAGGAGAUUGAAUUGGUGUCAUUAGGAAUUGACAAGCACUUGAGAUCCUAUUGGAUUGAUACUUGAUAUAAUGAAAUAUAAUGUGUGGUUGAAAGUUAUAGAUAGACUUAUAGCCAUAGGUAAGUAAAGCAAGCACUCAUUCUUAUCCUUUUCUAUUUGUUGUAUGAAAUUUGAACCAAUUGUGUUUGAA